AUGACUGCCCGUGGAAAGAAUGUCAAGAUCCAAACACUCGCCACUGAAGUAGGUGUCCCGCUACUACAUUUGAAGCUGCCCACCGAGAUCUUUGUAUACGACCGACAAUAUGUGAGCGAGCCUGCCGAUAUCGAGCCCCCGGGGCUUCCUCCACCGGAACCAUUUCGACCCGCCAGUCCGCCAGCUACCCUGACAGACCAAAAUGACUUGCAGGCAUGGCGGAACCUGUACAUGGCACGACGCACCUGGGCAUUAGAUAUGACCAAUCGCUGUGGAUCCAUCGAUAAAAACAUCCGGGAACACAAUGAACGAACUGAUGUCAUUAACCGCGCGGUGGGUGUUGCUUUGGAGAAUCUAAAGUCGCAUGUCGGGAAUCUGGAGCAUCGGUUCCAAGAGGCCCAGGCGUGGGCGAAUAAUCUGCUCGAUGAACAACGGGCGGCUUUGGAUGGUUGGCAGCAGGCUCUGACAACCCUCGAGAAUAUUCCCGCUCGGAAAGACUUCCCUGUUCUCGGACGUCCAUCCACCCCCAAGGUGGACAGAGACCGGCCCACGGGGACGCUUCGUGACUUUGUCGACAUGGCCGAGGUUCAAAGAGCAGGAUCAGAAGCUGUGACAGCGUCCCCACACUUUGCUGGGCAAGUUCAGGAUAUCGAGAACGCUGUUAGUGACAUUGCCUCGGACACGCAACGCUUGGUAGAUGAGGCUCUCCCGUCGCCUGUCGAUGGGGUCGACGGAUUGCUCGAAGAGGUGGAAGCCCACGCAAAGAAGAUUGGGUCCGAUUACGAACAUGUACUCGGUCUCCCUAACAACCAGAAAACGCUGGCGAAUAUCUCCCGCCUGGCACUCAAUCACACCCAAAAUCUGCUCCCGUCACUGGCGGACAUCAGCGUGGAGCUGCAGACCGGACUGGAGCUCGCCGUGCGGCGUCGCGGAGCCGCGGAAAAGACCGCGAUUCAGCACAUGCGCACAAUAUCUAACAUUGAAUCCCGCCUAGCCGACGCUCAUGCUCGAUUGAUUAAUCUGGACGUGGAGAGCAAUGCAUUUGACAUUAUUUAUACUGUUUUCCACAUGCCCACCGUGUAUGGAUCGAUUUUGAUCGAGUCUGUGCGUCGACGAGAAUGGAGCGACAAGAUCAAAACCGACUCAUUGACUUUGGCCGAGGAGAUGGCUGUUUUGAGAGACGAGGAGCAGCGUCGGAGGAAGAAGUGGCUGAAAAGUAUGGGCGAUUUCAUCUCCUUUUCGGAUUCUACGACCCCAGGGAUCGAAGUGAACCUCCAGGGACAGGAUGACGAAUGGCCCGAGGUCACGCGGAAAGAGACCGAGUCCUACAUUGAAGAUCUGAGGACCAAGCACUCCCUGACGAAUCUAGCGGAUGAUCUCUCUCUACAACUCAAGGAGUUAGAUACCCCAACCCGCCAGCAACGGCGACGAGCGAAGGCUUUCAAGCAAGGGAGUGUAUUUGACCUGAGCCGGAGUUCUCUCCUAUUACGGGGAGAUGAUUUGAUCCGAAGUCUGCAGGAGGAAAAAACAAAGCUGGAAGAGCGAUUGAGGGGCUCUGAAAGUCGUAUUCGAAAACUGGAAGACCUUCUCCAUCGUCAAAGCCAGCUCAGCCGGCCAGCAAGCGGGAACUUUGGCCCAGACUUCCCCAGCUCCCCUGCAUCACCGCAUCCCGAUGCCCUGUCGCGGCGAUCUUCUGUCUCAUCGCGGCGAAUAUCGGUAACACAGCCCCCCGAAGACAAGGCGCUUGCCCAGCGCAUAGUCAGCCUCGAAGCCGAGCUGGCGGCCGAAAAGGAGACCGUGCAACGGAUUCAUAAAGAAGCACAUGCCGAGCGGCAGUCCAGCUCUGAUAAGUUCCAGGAAGCUCAGUCCACGAAGAAAGAUCUGAUUGGAAAUCUGGAAGCGCGACAGCGCGAAUUCGAAGACGAGCGCAGAUACCUGGAGACGGAGGUGAAGAAGUUUAAACUUCGCACCGAAGAGAUAGAAGAGGAGCUUGAUCGGCUUAUGGACGGCCGAGACCAUGAGAGGCAGGAAGCUGAUGAGCGCAUCCAUCAACUCGAGAUUGAUCUAGAAAGUGCUCACAUUAGUACUGUCGAGGAAGCCCAAAAGGCCAAUGAUCUAAAAGCGCGCAUCCAGGCCCAACAGGAGAAAGAAGGAAAUCUUCAAACCAGGGUUGAUGAGCUUGAGCGCCUUCAAAAUGAAUCGGGCCUGAAAGAUCAUGACAACUACCAGACUCUCCAAGCUGUUUUCAUGGGCUUGUCACCUGGGGGCUCUGUGCCUCUCGAGCUUCCUGGUCUUAUUAAAGCCAUCGAGGUUCUUUCCGAGGGACUGUCUAUCCAUGCUCGAAGCGCAGAAGCAAAUGCAUCCCAGGCGAUAGCCGAAAACAAGACUCUUGAAGAACGGGUCCAACAACUUGAAACGGAAGCCGAAGUACAGGCGAGGAUUCUAGGAGAUCGGGAGGCAGAUGUGUCUCGACUGACGGAGGAGCUUUCGCAAGAGCAAUCGCGAUUCAAGGAUAUCGAAACUGAACUGAGUCAGGAGCGCACUAAGUUCAAUUCCUUGCAAUCUCAAAUAGAUGCCGGCCAGAGCGGUUCUGAUGCACUACGUGAACGGCUUGCUGAAGAGGAGCAAAAACAAUCAAGCCUAUCUCAGAAGCUAGACGAAGCUAAAUCCCUAGCUCAAAGUUGGAAGAAUGAAGCGGCCGAGUGGGAGAGAAAAGCCGGCGCACCUUCGGAGACCGAGCAGCAUGCGGUGGCCUGGUUCAAAGCUCGAUCAUCUAAAUCGCACGAGCUUUCGAAGCAGCUUUUCACGCAAGUGGAGAAGCUAGGACGGAUGCUGGAGCAGCUGGGCUUUACGGUUAUCCAGCAGGAUGGACGCCUCAUCGUCCAACGAGCUUCCAAAGUCAAUGCGUCGUCCAGUCUUGGGGAGAGCCUCAGCCAGUCCGACAUUGUGUCUUUGAAACCCGACACAGCGCUUUUGGGCUGGACACAAGCCGAAAAUCCGGAGGAAGAGGAGACCCGGUUCUCAGCUUUCAUGGAAAGUCUGGCUCAAUUCGAUGUCGCCCUCUUUGGAGAGGUCAUCGUCAAACGCGUCAAGGAUAUUGAGGUACUGGCUCGAAAGUGGCAGAAAGAAGCCCGAGGCUAUCGUGACAAGUAUCACCGAGUCCAGAGCGAAGCUCACGACAAGAUUGCCUAUCGAUCCUUCAAAGAAGGAGACCUCGGUCUUUUCCUCCCCACACGGAACCAGGCCAUCCGCUCCUGGGCUGCCUUUAACGUCGGUGCGCCGCAUUAUUUCCUGCGCGAGCAAGACUCCCACAAACUGCACACCCGAGACUGGCUACUGGCCCGCAUCACCAAGAUCGAAGAACGCGUCGUGGACCUCUCCAAGUCGAUGAAUGGCGUCGCGCCGGAUCGGCGGUCUCUCGGAGACGCCAGUGACGGCGCCUCUCUCGAUGACGAGAAUCCUUUUGAGCUAUCUGACGGUCUGCGCUGGUAUCUCCUCGACGCCACAGAGGAAAAGCCCGGCGCGCCCGCCACCCCGGGUAUCGCCAAGAGCACCGUCGCCUCAGCGCAUGUCGACGCCAAGGGCAGCAUCCGGCUCAAACGCCCGGCUGACGAAAGCGCCGUCGCCAAAACGCUCUCCAGAAGCCUCGACAGUCGCCGCAAUAGUUCCACCUCCAAACGAGGCACUCCGACCCCCUCGCAGCAAGCCACCGACUCUGCCACAGAUCUUGUCCGUCCCGCUGAUGCGGACGCCGGCUCGCAGCCGCGAGAGGCUGCUCCGAUCUUCGACGAGGUUCGCCGUGACUUGCUCCUCGGCCCGUGA